AAGCGAGAGUUCGGUGUGCAUGCAUCCGACCGAACCACACUAGAGGUAUUAAACAACAAAAAGCAAUGCACGUCGUUUAUUUCCAUGUAUAAAUGCAUAGCUCAGUGUCGGCCGUAGGUUUUCCGAGCCUCCGCGGUAGUGAACUCCUGAAGCCGCCCUCGUUAGCAGCAGCCCUGUGCUCGCAGCUCUUUAUUUUCCUCGGUUAGCUUGUUAACAUUAGCCAGUGGGUGGGUGUACCGAAGCGCGGCGUUUUUUGCAACAUAAUUCAAACAUGGCGGAGUCGGAGGAAUAUCGACUUAAACGAUCUAAGCACGACGAGCGCCUGUCCAGGGUGUUUGAUGAGGUCAUGGGGCUGGGAGAGUUUGCAGACUCCUCCAGGGGCUCGGCCACCUCCUCCAGGAGCAGCGGUCAGGAGGAGACAAAGGGAGCAGAUGAAAACUCAGGUCAAGAGCAGCACCAGCCGGCAGGAGAAGAGGACAGCAAUGGCAGCAGACAAGAAGAGAAGAUGGAUGAGGGAGCGGCACCGUCAUCAUCCUUUCCCCGUCUCGCCUCCCCUUCCCCUUCCCCUGACCGACGCUCCCCCUUUACCGUGGAGACUGGUGGAGGCGCGGGGGGAGCAAGUGGAGGGGCGGCAUUUGAUGACGCACUAGAUGGCCUUCCUUUGUAUGGGGCAGAAGACGAGGAAGAGGACUGGCACUUCGCCCUGCCAAUGGGCACCCUGGAAGAUGUUGACGUGGACAAGACCGCCAGAAAAAAUAACAACCCUGAAGAGGGGAACACAGAAACCCCAGAUGAUACCUUCACUAGCGAACCAAGAGAGGAGGAGUGUGAGAAGGAAGCAGAGAGAGAAGGAAGCAAUGGGUCUGCCAACACCUCCCACUCCUCCAAGGACCCCUCACCAGAGAACAGCCAAGAUGCAGCUGCCCUGAACCAGACAGCAGAGACAGAGGACAGCCAGCAGGGAGAGAGGUCAGAGGCAGCUCCAGUGGAGGACAGUAACCCCCCCAUCAACAUUAAAGACGAGCCCAUUGAUGAGGGGUACGACGCUGCACUGCUGCCUCAGAGCUCCAUCAGACAGAUCAAAGAGGAGCUUGAGCAUCAGGAGGAGGAGCUGAGGAUCAGCUCUGUCUACUCUGUAGGUGGUGGGAACAACUUUGUCUCCCCUACUGUUCCAGCUCCUGGCCCGCCCCCCCAGCAGGCUACCAUCUUCAUCCCAGGUAGAAGUGCUGUCCUACAGGCUGCAGCUGUGGCUCCUCUCCCUCUCAGACCUCCAGUCCCAGGUUCACUUCAGGCUCUGGCUCCAGUGGCCCCACCCCCAGCUCAGCCCCCCAUCCCUGGCAGUGUCCGCUGCAGUGGCUGCUCUAAGGUUCUGCUCAAAGGCCAGACGGCGUUCCAGAGAAAAGGUUCGACCCAGCUCUUCUGUUCGACAGUCUGUCUGACCGGCCAUCUGCCCCCUGCCGUCAAGGCCCGAACCUGCUUCCAGUGCAACAAGGAGAUAACUCAGCCUAAGGAUAUGAUCAUGAUCCCACUAGAUAACAAUACCUACAUGCACUUCUGCGGCCACUUCUGCUUGUCCGUCUUCCGACACAAGAAGAAACAGACUGAGAAGCAGCCGGACAAACGGCUGGAAAAACGGCCUGACAAACGCGUGGAGAGGAAGCCAGAGAAGCCAUAUGAGAAACAGCCUGAAAAGCCCUCCUGCAGUGUCUGCAGAGUCACCAACAGGCAGAUCGAGCAUGAGGUUACUCAUCAAGGACGUCUGCACAGGCUCUGCAGCAAUGCUUGUUUCUUAACAUGGCGCAAGAUGCGGCAGCUGGCCAUGAACUGCUGUGAAGGCUGCGGGCUUUACUGUAACAGCAACUCAGGCUCCUGCCAGACGCUCACCAUUGAAAGAUCCCAGCUCAACUUCUGUAGUCCUACCUGCAUCGGCACCUAUAAACAGACCUGCAGAAAGCUGAUUGAAUGUGCCAACUGUCAUAAGAUGGUUACAGUGUCCUCCACCAUCAUGGAGCGAGACCAGAAGGGCAAAGUUCAGCUUUACUGUUCCUCUGUCUGUGUGGAGCAGAGCCGACCACCCAGACACAUUCUCAGUGAUACUCCAUUCCCCUGCUGCUUAUGUAAGGUUACUGCUGUCCCUCAGUAUCACCUAGCCAUGGUGGACGGCACCAUUCGUAACUUCUGCUCCUAUGACUGCGUCUCUACAUACAGGAAAAUGGAACAUGCGCCUCAACCAGACUUGAUGAAUGGAACCUCGACUUUCAAGGACCCCUCUUUCCGAGACGUCUCCAGACCAGGGCCCUCAGUUGGUGCUAGCUCUGUCCCACCUCUCUCUAAGGACUUCUCAUCUCCUAUGUCAUACCCCGGCCACCAUCCCAGCCAUACCUCGGUGCCCCCUCUGCUACCUUCAUACCCUACAGUCCGAGGCCAAGCUCUGGCUAAAGCUCCGCCUGGACAACACCCAAAGCCAGGAGAAAGCAGUGCAAAUGACCCCUCCAAACUGACCUGCCAUCAGUGCAGCACGCAGUUUAGCACCAAGCCACUGCUAUUCAGUCAUCAGGGUCGUAUAUCUAUGUUCUGCAGUAAGACGUGCUGUGAACAGUAUAAAACCCAGAGAAACAUCCUGGUGCCGUGUGAGUACUGUAAACUGGAGAAAGUGCACUUCGACGUCAUCAGCUACAACCAGCAGGACCUGUUUUUUUGCAGUGAGAGCUGUAAGCUACUCUUCAAACACGACCUGACCUCUCGUAAUAAGGAUCAGCCAUGGCGUCCCUGCACAUACUGCUCUAGUAUCGGGCAGAAGAUGCUGCACAGCCACUACGGUGGCAGGUUGGAGGAGUUCUGCCGCCCCCAUUGCAUGUCCCAGUACACUGUUCUCUACUAUGGGAUGGCUCGGUGUGACAGUUGUAGGAAGCAGGGCUACAUGACUGAGAAGCUUCAGUGUCUGGGUUCAGUCCGCAACUUCUGCACCCUGCCCUGCCUGCUUCAGUACUGCUCCCUGCAUUUUGAGACCAACCAGCGGAGCACCAGCAAUGGUACUGGCAGUGCCUCGGCACCUCUAACUCCCUACGCUCCAACCCAGCCCCACCACUCCUCUAAGAUGAACCCUGUAAUCGCAGAUGUCGUCUCAUUGGCCAGCGGCUCUGCCACUCAGCCCCAUGUGACCGCAGACACUGCUCUGACUGGUGCACUUCCAACCUCCAACGCCCAUGACAAGAACCUAGAUAACGCCAGUACCCAGACUGAUGCCAUGCGUGUGCCUGCGUCCCGUCGCCGUCAAAUGAAGAACAAGUCGGUUUUGUGUCGCCCCUUCACCAUGGACCAGGAGAUCCUUUGCCAGAUGCCCACAGAAUCAGCAGGUCUGUCUAUGCUCUCGUUCACCUCCUCAGAAGGAGAGGAGAAGGUGAAGGUGGUGAUGGUACCGGUCCCAGUCCCAGUCUUCAUUCCAGUGCCCAUGAACAUGUACUCGCAGCACACGCCUGUUCCAGUGGCCAUGACCAUGCCUGUUCCAGUGCCUGUAGUGAUACCAUCACGGAACAAGGAGGUGAAAGACGCUGCUGUCCAAUCCGAGCCCCUGACUGAGGACAAAGAAGAAUUAGAGAAAAAUAAGUCCCAUGCAGACCAGGACAGUUCUUACAGUGCAGACGUGGCGUCAGAGACGGUCACUCCUGUAAGCAGGGAGGAUGAGGAGACGCGGAGAGAAGGGCACACAGCUCAAGCCGACCUGCUAGCUGCUGGAUGUAAAGAGGGAAGCGUGGGGUCGGCUGAACCUCUAAUGACUUCUGAGGCAGAGGGGACUAUAGCAUCACCUGAACCCCAAAUCACCGCUCAGACAGAGGGGAGCAUGGGGACAAGUGAAAACCAAAUUACUGCCAAGGUUGAGGGGAACCCAGCAUCAUCUGAGUCACCCACAGCUACUCAGACAGAGAGGAGCACGGGGACAAGCAACCUGCCCAGCACCAGCACAGAGGCCCCCUCCUCGCCCUUGAUGGACUUGGAGACCGACUUCCCAUCUGAGCUGUUAGACCAGAAGUUACCUACACCACAGCGAGGGGUGAAGAGGCCCAGAGAAGGUUCCUACGGCCGGAAACGGGGUCGAAGGCGGACUGGCUCACUGGAUCGCAGUGCGGUGGUUUCUCCUUCAACUCGCCCCAAACUGAACCACCUGUACGGGGUGAAAGCCUGGAGGAGCUGGGCCCAACAGCGCAACACACAGCCACAAGACUCCCAUCCACUAGUUCUCAAGGAGGACAUCCUUCAGUGUGACUCUACUGAGCUGAGCUUUGCCCUGUGUCGCUUCAUCAAAGAAGUGCGACGGCCCAACGGAGAGACUUACUCACCGGACAGCAUUUUCUACCUCUGUCUAGGGAUACAGCAGUACCUGUUUGAGAAGGGCCGCAUAGAGAACAUCUUCACCGAUGAGCUGUACAAUCUGUUUGCCACAGAGAUCACUUCGAUGCUGCAACACUGGAAGCCCAAACUACUCCCUAGUGGUGGUGUUGCUUCCUCCCGUGUUGAGGAAGGCUAUCUGUGGGAGUGUAAGCAGCUGGGCGCCUACUCCCCCAUAGUGCUGCUCAACACGCUGCUAUUCUUCUGCACCAAGACGUUCAGCCUCACCACGCUGGCUCAGCACAAGCGCCUCUCGUUCACCAACCUCACCCGGCAAUCCAGACCCUGCAGCCGAACCGGCAAGAUCCACUACCUCCGAUACCAGAGAUCCGGCGCCGUUACCCCCAACCAGGAAGAGACAGAGCGGUUGAAAAAGAGGCAGGAAACGGAAGAGGGAGAUUUGGAGAUGCCAGAAAACACCACCAACCCUCUACACUGUCCUGUUAGACUUUAUGAGUUCUACCUCUCUAGAUGCCCAGAGACAGUGAAGACGAGAACUGACAUGUUUUACCUGCAGCCUGAAGAGAGCGUCCACACCAACAGUCCCUACUGGUACACCUGCCAGCCACUAGAGGCCAGCACCCUACAGAGCAUGCUCACACGUAUCCUGGCUGUCCGAGAGGUUCUCCAGGGGCAGGAAGCAGCCCAGCAGCAGCAGCAGACCUCCACAUCCACAGCCUCUGCUGAUGACAGCAGCUUACAGAGCCGUGGAGCCGAUCCAGGACCCUAGAUCUGUUACAGAGCGAUGGAAAAACAGCACAUUUCUUACCGAUCUUCUCUGCGACAGUGACAUUUCCCAAUGAAGAACAGUGAUUUAAAGCUGUACCUACACCAGUCCGGUCAUGAUGGAUCGGUGCUGUCUCUGAAGUGGAAGCGGAUGGACAGACACAACACAGUCCGCCAGACUUUCAGAGGCGGAACAGAAUGAGACAAAAAUCACAGAGCAUUUUUUUAACGCAGACUAUCAAAGUGUGAGAUUGUUGUAAGCAGUUACCUCAGUAAACCAUCCCCUCCUCACAAAGAUGGACCAUGAGUUUACAUUCAUCUGGACGCUGACAGAUCUGCAAAAGGGAGUGUGAAAUAGAGUGCAUUGAUACAUUGUUUAUCCAUCUCAUCCUCUUGAUGGACAGUGAUACAGAAAAGCUGCAAUAUCACCCAUCCAGUCAAACCAGAUUUUGGCCAUCAGCCGUCAAUAUGGAAUGUGUGUUGGGUUUAUUUCCGAUAUUUGGUCCUCACCAACCCUGACGUGUCCACACUGUUUAUACAGCGUUACAGAGUAUUGUAUUGGUGUAAGCAGCAGAUACACCUGAUGCAGACGUUCAGACUUGACUCCCCUCCAGCCCUGUCAGAUGUGUUUAUCGGGAAGCGAACGCAGGACACGGUUAGGCUGUGGUUGUGGCUCCUCUUUACAUCUUUCUUCAUUCAGAAGUGCUCUACAGAUAAAUCCUUUUUUUUUUUUUUUUUUUUUUUUCUUUUUCUUUUUCUAAGUCAAAGGAUUGUAACCAGCCUUUGACCAGUACAGGCUGUUGCUGGCUGAUAGCAACACUUUUGGAACCGAAACUGCCGACAGCUGGUGUUUCGUGCCAGUACACAGUAUUUUUCAAAUGUGAUGGUUUUCAUGCCAAAAACCUCCAAAAGAAUUCCAUUUGGAGUAAUAAGUUUCCCCCAGAGCUUCACUUUUAACAAAGUGGCAUACAUGACGUGGAAUAUGAUCUAAAUUUCACAUUCAGUUUAAAGGCUUCAUCAUAUCCAUCAUAUUGGAGGUGGACAGUACAGAUUAGAUGAUACCAAUUUUUAAAAUAAAAAGUCCAUAUCUUGUUCAAAAUACUAUCGAGCCGUUGUAUCAGUCGAACCUUGUAAAAACUUAAAAAUCGUGACUGACUGUCCAUAUUAUUAUCCAACUGCCUGGUAUUGUUCUUCCCUCUUCAUGUUCUUGAUCCAUCAUAUGCGGCCUUAUUUCCUUCCCAGCAACAUUCCCUCCCUCCGUCACUUCUCUUUCAUGUGCUCUUCAUCCCAAACAUUUGCCAUUGUUCACACCAGUGUGCCCUACAUAAAGUCCUUCAGGAAGACUUGCUCGGUAGCCACCUGCAGUGGAGUGCAAAAUGACAAAAUCUAAAGUCAAACCUUGACGCUCAGCUUCGUUAGGCUGAUUUUUGAACCUUUAAAAAUAUGUUAAAAGCAUAAAUAGGAAUGGGAGUCUGUGACAAAUGUACUGGAUUUGACACUGAUCUCCGCUCCCUAUAUGCCUUUGUUUAUUCCUGUAUGCCCUAUAUUUUUGUGUGUGUCCUCAUUACCUCUGCAUUAUUCCAGUCAGUAUUCCUUCUUGUAUCUAUUUCUUCUGUUAGUGCCAACCUGUGCUCUUCUGGGACAUUAUUCCCUCUUUUGACCUUUUUUCCUUCCAUAUGCUUUUGUUCCACAACCUAAAGUAAAGCGAGGAAGUGGAGAUGGAAUAGUUUGGAUUUUUUGUGUGUGUGUGUGUGUGUGUGUGUGUGUAACCUAAGUUUAAAGGAGUGCAACAAGUUUUUCAUUGAUGAAAACAGACACCAAAAUCAUGCACGUGCACCCGUAAAAUCUGCACUUCAAUACUCCAUGCUAACGUUGCAGCAUACUGUUGUUAAGUGAUAAUAGACCACUGGCAUGAUUCAGUGUUGGGCUGACUUUUUGGAAAUAAAAUGUUAGUGUUUUUUAACUAUUUGAGCUGAGCAACAUCAUAUUAAUCGACUUUGCAGACAGCAGCCUCAAACUUUUUGAGUUGACUCUCCAGUAAGGGAAAAUGCGUCAUCAUAUUUUUGUAAAUUUAGCCAAACUUGUGGCCAAAACAUAUCAGCUGUGCUACAUGUCAUGUAAGUCACCCACAUUCCCUCAACAUAAUUUAUGCGACAGAGUUAGCAUGGAGCAGUGGAGUCUAAAAUCUACCGGUUGAUCAUGGUUGUCCAAUCCAACGUUCCAAAAACUCGGUGUAAGAAUUCAUGUUUGGACUGUACGUCCUCGACAGAUACUGUACUACAUACUGUAACACAUUGUCAUGGCUGCCAAUGGAAUAUUAAUGUUACAAUAAUGAAUGUUGUCUCCAAGCUUUCGCUGGAAGAUGAAAGACUGCUCAGGAGGAAAAAAAAAUCUUCACAAUCCCUCAAACAGUUGAACAGACGUUUUAUGAUUGUGCACAAAAUGCUGUACCACCGUCAAGUAUUAACAAUUCAUCCGAUUCCUCCCUUUCCUUUGUUGCAAGAUAAAGAAUAUCUGAUGAAAGCAUGAUGGAAAUGUAUCAUUGAGAAUGUAAUCCAAGUUUGUGCAGUUUUGAAGAAUUCAUUCACAAAA